AUGUCAUCACAGCAUGUCAAAAAAGGCUCCAUGGGAACGCCCCCGCAAGUAGAAGGCUCUGGACUCCUGAACCUCAUCGGGUGGAAGCUGUUCUACUCAGGUGUCGAUAUAACGACGCGCGCUCAGGCCGGUGUUGGUGUUCUGGUAGAACCAAACCUGGCAGAUACAAUCAUUGAUUGGAAGCCUGUGAGCGGAAGGGUGGUAAUCCUCCGACUGAAGCUACAACAGGCUAAAUCGAUGACCUUGGUACAGGUCUAUGCGCCCAAGUUUGAGGGAGAAUAUGAGACCUUCCUUGAGGAAGUGCAGUGUACUCUGUCCGAAGUGCCGAAUACAGAGUCCCUCAUACUCAUGGGCGAUUUUAAUGCGCAUGUCGGAGUAGACGCUGAAAAGUGA